CAGGUAAGGGCGUGGUUACAGUUCAGGUGUUGUCGAGGACGGACACAGAGACUUGCUGUAUGUUGAUAUUUGAUACGUAUAAAGAAAUGGAUUUGACUCAAGAGGCUAUUUUAAACACGUUAAUAGAGGGAAAUGGAAAGGUGAAGAACGUUGAGCUACUGAGCAAGUUUAAGGAGCACCUAAACUGCGGUGAUCCGGCAGAAAGGAAACAAAACCGAGAUCUAUUCAAGACAUUUGUCAACAACAUUGCCAUCGUGAAGGAAUUUCAAGAGACCAAGUAUAUAGUUUUAAAGAAAGCCUAUCAUCAUUUACUGGAUUCCUACACAGACCAAAACACUCCAAAUGAAAAGGAAGAUGAAGAUGGAUCACACCCCGAAGAACACCAGGGGGAACAAAACGCUCAUCCCCAGUAUGUGGAAGGUAGGGGAUCUGACCUGAAAAGAUCGCCCAGCAAUGUAUCUUUCAUUCAGGCUGCUCUAGAAAAUAGCAAAAAAGUGAACUUUAAACCUCUGAGGUCUUUGCCUUUCUCCGUACCUCUCAAAUCUGACCCUGAUAACUCCCAUGGAGUGGUGUGUCCUGCCAAGAAAGAGGUGAGAACAAACAAACCGUACAUGCUGCCUUUACGAAUGCCCCCUAUAGACAUCAGUCAUAACAAGCAAACUGCCCCGGAGCAUUUGGAUAAUGAGCAAAAGCCUCAUUCCUCACCUCAGUGUAAGAGGAAACCUACAGACGGUGUAGUCGGCACCAGCGGGUCUCCACAGUUACAGAGACACUUCAAGACCCCUAAACAGGAGGAGCCAAAGGACUUGCACCAUUUCCCACUCGAUUCCCUGGAGCACGAGUGGCUUGUGAAGUCUGCGGCUGGACAGUGGAGUCAAGUGUACGGCCUUCUGUUGAAGGAUGCUCUCCUCGCUGAGAAAAAAGACUUUAUGUCUGGUUUCACAGCGCUACAUUGGGCUGUCAAGAGUGGAAAUCUGGAGAUGGUCUCUAUUAUUAUUCGAGAGUCUCGGAAAAGUGACCGUGGGGUGGACAUCAAUGCUAAAUCCCAUGGCGGCUACACGCCACUACACAUUGCUGCCCUUCACAAUCAUCUACAUCUGAUCAACCUUCUUCUCAACUACGGCGCCAACAGGAACGUGAGAGACAACUGCGGUAAAAAAGCCUACCAUUACCUGCCGAAAGGAGUGCCAAAAGAGCUAAAGCAGCUGCUGGGAGAUCCGAAAGCCAACCAUCAGGAGGUGCAUCAGGUCAGGGAGGAGUUUGAUCCGUAUAAACAUCUGAAAACACCUUACCGCCUCUUCCCCUCUCAUCCAAUGGGGCUCAAGAAAAAGAACAAGGCAAGAGGGUCAGUCACCUCCUUGUGUGAAGAUGGUAGAGAUGAGAAGAAUGAACCCGUAUUACAUAAACAGAGGCUCUUUUCUGAUGUCUUUCACUAAAUGUGCCUUAAAACGAUAGUUCACCCAAAAAUGAAAAUUCUGUCUUUAUUUACUCACCUUCAGGUUGUUUCAAACCUGUAUGAAUUUCUUUGUUCUGCUAAACAAAAAGAAAGA